UGUACGAGUGCCACUACCACACCCAUGGCUGACCCUACCAACGACCCUUCUGCCAUGCACGUCGACCCCGACGACGGGAGAGUGGCUGCCAGCCAGUCCGCGCCGCCGCUGCCGUCAAUUCACACUCGUCAGCCCUCGGUCUCUUCUACUCCUUCUACCCUGCCGUCCUCGUCCUUCACCUCGAACGCGCUGGCCUUCCGACACAACCACGCUGCCAGCGCCGGCCUCCAGAUCAGGACCGACAUCCCGUCAGCCUUUGCUAAUCGCAAGCUGUCGACCAGUCAGCAGGAACUCCCCGACUCGUUUCGCUCAAGCCACACGGCCGCCUCUCCUCUGCUGACACCAGCACUGCGCCAUAAUCUGUCUACCUCCAGCUUGAGUCCCAAUUCCGCUCUUGCCUCGCCCGCCCUGGCUGCCAUGCUCGAUAUCACUCCCCUACCUUCGCCCAUCAUGCUCAACGACCCCAGCUCUCCUGGCCCGUGGAAGCGGAUACGAAGCGGCCAUUUCGAUACCUCAAUGAGACCACCCUCGAGACUCGGCUCUUCUCCCCCGACGACGAGUAUGUUAUCCUCAAUGGCUCCACCACCCGGCUCGCCGCCCAAGAAAAAGAAGGGAUAUGGAAGUUUGGUACACGCCGCUGUCGAGGGUCAACACGUCCAAGGCAUCGAUCUGGUCAUGCGCAAGCAGCACAACCGCAACCGCAGCAUUAGUGACUUUGUGCCCGAAGCCAUGCACAACGUGAGGCCGAGGAAUGUCACGGUUGGGCCUGCAGGUCUGCACAUUACGACCACUCCACCAAAUGAGCAGCCAAUGCAGAGGGAGCAUUACCUCGCUCAGCAGCGUGGCUAUGUACAGCCGUCGGCCUCUUCGGACAAUGAGCGAAGGACUCCCGAUCACUCGCAUACUCAGUCCACGAUGAGAGCUUCAGUCGACUCUGCAAAGGUUCUGCCAUCACCACCUCCUUCGAGUAAGGGUAUGUUGGAAGCAGAGAGAGAAGACACAGAGAUGCAGAGUGUGGGUGGGGCAGAGGACCCCGACGUCGAGUACUUCACUGUUCGCUCAGCGCAUGAAGACCACAAGCGUAGAUGGCGUUCAGUACGAACUCUCGGCCAGGGUACUUUCAGCAAGGUCAUGCUGGCCACAUCACAACAACUGCCAUCGGGUACGCCAUAUGAUGAGAAGAACUUGAACCCGCGAAAACUGGUUGCCGUCAAGAUUGUCGAACAUGGUCCAGCUGGAGGUGCUGACGAAGAGCGAAUCGAAGUCUCUCUGAAACGAGAAGUCGACAUCCUGAAGAGCGUGUCACAUCCCUCGAUUGUGCAGCUCAAAGCACUCGAGUACACAGAUGAACGAGCUCUGCUUGUUCUGAGUUACUGUCCAGGAGGUGACUUGUUCGAAUUGGCCAGUGAACACCGCAACAUUCUACAGCCCAACCUGGUCCAACGCAUGUUCGCUGAACUGAACCCCCAAACGCAUCCUUACCCGCUGAUCUGCCUUACCGAUCUCGGUCUCUCCCGCCGCAUUCCCGCUCCACCAGCCUCGCCCCUCCUUACAACCCGCUGCGGCAGCGAAGACUACGCUGCCCCUGAGAUUCUGCUCGGUCAACCUUACGACGGCCGCAGUACAGACGGCUGGGCCCUGGGUGUUCUUCUAUAUGCCUUGAUGGAAGGCCGUUUACCAUUCGACUGCCCACCAGGCAAACCAGAAAGAUCACGACCUUCACACCGCAUAGCCCGUGCAGACUGGAUGUGGUGCAAAUUUGGUGACGAGGAUGGAGAAUGGGAUGACAAGAGAAACGAUACCAAAGAGUUCAAGGGAUGGGAGGGAGCAAAGGGUGUCGUCGAAGGCUUGCUCAAGAAGGUCAGGAUGGGAAGGAAGGCGUUGGCGGACAUUGAAGAAAUGGAAUGGGUCAAGGACGGGAUACAGGCUGAGGGCGGUUUAAUGGCUUUUGAUGACAUUGAGCCGUUAUGA